AUGACAACUUCAUUUGAUGAGUGUUCAUAUUUUGAAUCCGAGGAAGAAUAUGAAAAAAAAUCCAUUACGAAGAAACGAUCAAAGGAUCAGAGGAAAAAUUCAUAUUCUGAAAUAGAAGAUUACUCAAAAAAGUCUAUAUCAACAAGAUUUUUAGAUGAAGUGAAAGAAAAUUUGGAAAAUGCAAUAAGUGAUUUAAAAAUACCAUUCAACGUCAACGAUUACUUUCCCGAAAUGACUGACAAGAAAAUCAAAAAAGAAUUGCAAAUCAAAGAUAUAAUAAUCGUUAAAGAUGAAGUUUUCACCGUCGAAGAUAUCGAAAUUACAAUGCAAAGAGUUAAAGAGAUAGAGACACAGUUGGAUGAAUAUGCCAAGAAAUAUUCUAAUGAGCGCAAAAAGACAGAAUUGUUUCAUAAGGAAAUUAAAAGUGAAAUUGAUAAACUUAUAACAUUUUUGGAGGAUUAUUUAAAACAAAAACAGUGUGAUCCCAGAAUAUUUUUGGAUGAGUAUGCUUAUGACGAAACUAUUGUUUCUUGGCAAACAAAUUUAAUGAUAGCAAAAAGUAGAACGCCGGAUGUUUACAUGCUAGCCAAAUCCUAA